CAGAUGUUCCCCACGCAAUAAAAGACCACGCCCUUCUUGCGGAUGAAGAAGCGGCUAAACAGCACGCUGGUGCGCUUGGAGAAGUAGAUCUAGAUGCUGCUUCGUUGAGAGCCUCUUUCCAGAAGCGCGUGUGGAAGUGCGUGCAGGACAGCAUCAAUUUUCUUCAAGUCGGCACAACAUCUAGCAGCGGGGGGUACAACUACAGCGCUUACAUCGAACAGGUGGCGUUUUUACCGACUUCCCAUCUUCUCGAAAGAGGUCAAGAUAACCUCUAUCCCUUCCCGGAAGAGAACGACUUCUCCGGCGGUGUAAAGGCUAGUUACAUGCUCCCGCUGUUCUUACAAGACGGAAGUUGGAGUCUAUUCGGGGAUCAUGAUAAUGAUCUUAAUGUUGAAGGUGCACUAGAAGCUCCUGACAGCAACUAUCAUGUUGCAACUACGAGGACAUCAACCAGGGAACGCAUGAUCUCGGCUGCACUCCAGCCACCGCCGGCAGAAGCGCUGCAGCUGUUCGAAAGCAUGAGCCACUGUGGAGUUGGUUCUUGCGGCCGCAGCGGGGCGGGAAGACCAGGUGGUGAUGCUGGGGUACAACCCUCCACAGGAGUAACGACGCCCUUUAAAAAUCUUCUUGCUGCGGUGCCCAUGAAUUACACGGAGCAUCCACUCGACCAGAAAGAGGGCAAGCCCUUUCUCGGCUUGGGCGCAAACUUGUAUAAUGAUCCUCCUCAUCAAGAGGGUCCUGAAAACCAUAGUGCAGAGGAUUUUACUGGUGACGGCGCAAGAGUAGACCACCACACGGCCGCCCAUUUCCUUACCGACAAGGCGAUCGAUGUGAUUUUUACCCGUAAUUGGAAGGGGGUUUUCAACUCGGAGACUUGCGAAACGAUGUUUCACUUCGUUUUCACGAAGGUCGGCUUAGACAUUGCGUUGGAGCUCCAAGACAUGAUGACAGGCAAAGACAAAAAGAACGACCCUCGUCGACAAGGAAAAGGAGCUGAAGAAAUUGAGGAUCACCAUGAUUCAGGAGACGGUGAAGAGUCACCUUCCCGUCCGAGUCCCGUCGAUCUCAACAAGAGCUGUACGACCACGACGAAAUUGAUGGAAUACAACUACAAGCAACGCCUUCUGGCAGAGCAAAAAAAGGCUUUCCUGGCCGCUUUCGACAAAAUUCUACUGAACGUCCGCCGGGUCCUUCCGAACGAGUUUCCCGGGCAGUCGGUGAACUUGCCACCCACGACGAACAAGUACCUGUUUGACCAAAUGCUCCCCCAGCUGGAGGCCAUCGUGGAGAAGAUCGGCAGGCAAACCUUCCAGCAGAAUACUAGAACAUCAGCGACACAACUACUGAAGCUGCCAGAGAAUGAAACCAAAAGUGGACGAGAAACUUCUGAAGCGAAUGAAUUCCACCUGGCGCCGCACGUUCUCACAGAUCGACGGUUUGCCUUUUGGGAACUGUAUCUAGAAGACCUCGCCAAGGAGGGCGAUGUAGAUGAGGACGGACAUCAGGACAGUAAAGACGCGGGGGUUGAUGACGAAGCUGAGACCGGAGUUGGCGGAGGGCCAUCGCAGCAAAUAAAGCAAACAGAACGAAAGGACGAGCGAGGUGGUCCCGUAAUAUCACCAGGUGCGGACGCAGCCGCGGACGACUGGUCGGCGCUGUUUGCGAAAAUCACGAGAGAGGAAGAGGAACGGGAUAUCAACUGUAAAAAUGUCUGAGACUGGGUCUGGAAGGAUCCGAACUUGCGAUGCGUGUUUCGGAUCCUACAAAGACUUGUGAUGCAUAAACGUGCAAAAGGUGCCCACUUCUGGCCAUGCUGAGAGGGCAUUCCUCAUGCAGAAUACGCAUCACCACGGAACUGCAGAACCUGUGAUGCUAGGCCCUGCAUUCCAGACGUGGGCGAGCUUGGAAAAACUGCAUGACAAAUCUCGGAGACUCCCAGACCCAGACACUUUUGCAUUUGAUACGGGCAAAAGCGGAGCAAGAGCGGGCUCUGUUGGAACAGAAGCUGAAACAAGAGCGCGAAGAGCAGAAGCGACUGGACAAUGAACUUGCAAUGCAAGAAACGGAACGGGAACUGCGCGCGGGUGGAAAAAAGAACGCUGAAUUAUCAGACGAGCUGGAAUUCGCGGCGAAACUGCAGAUGGACGAAAUGAGCGCCGCGGCGGAGCGCAUGACGGCGCUGCAGAAACAAAAGAAAAUCGAGCAACUGCUGCAGCAAGCAGAGGAGCUGGAGAAUUUGGGCGAAGAAGACGAGCAGGAUGAAAUUCACGAUCCGCGGGGCGAAUUCAGCGCUUUAGGCAACAUGAACGUGCUGUCGGGGGCAACUACGUCUGCGACUUUAGCCGCACGGAGCGCAGCUGGUGCGGGCGGAGAGAAAAAUCCGUUCUUCGUUCCCGCUUUCGAUGCUGCAGGGGUGAAAAUCACAGCGGCAGAUCUCGCCGCAUUGAGAGAUGAUAAAGCUGGGGAACUGCAAGCGGGCUCCACUUCUCGUGGAGUUGGGCCUGGUGAGACAGAAGAAGAGGGUGGCGCUCUAUCUGGUACGGGUCAUGCUCCUGCGGGAAUAUCAACUACGACAUCGCCGAACCAAGAACACACCAGCACCGCCUCGAUCCUUGUGCAGGAGCAUGCAACUGGCGUCAAAACGUCGGCCGACGCGACCACUCUUCUGAUCGAAAGAACGCUUCAAACCCAGCAAGCUUUGCAGCAGCUAGUAGUAGCCUCCGCUCAAGCCACCUCGGGGGAGCUACCGUUCAAGAUCGCGGCGGAGGCCGGGGGAGGGAUCGACAUUGCGAAUGCCCUCGGGUCUACUCCUGGUGUCGGUGGAACCACGCCGACCUCAAGACCACAUCAGGUGCGGGGGCAAGUAGAUCAGCAAGAGGACUUUUGUUUCCACUCUCCCGAACAGGAACAAGAGCACAGUGAGCAAAGUAAAGCACAGUUGUCUAGUACUCCGCUUGCAGGAGGACCUGCAAAUCCUCCAGGUGGAGCCCCGUCUUCGUUUGCGCCGCCAAGUCGCAGCAAGGAGCAAACGGCGAAAGAACAGCACGAUCCCCAUCAAGUGCAACCGCCGCCCGGACUAGAAGAAGUUGAAGUUGUUGAUGUUGUAAAGCAACAGACGUCGUCGAAUGCGGUUGGAAACAAGCACGACGGGACUUCUCUACUCCGCCGCGUGGGGGCCGGCGCUGGUGGCCAGCAAGACAUCACGACCGAUUCCGUAUUCGCAGAGGCACGUCGCCUGUUGGAGCGGGCGAAAAGGAUGCACAGUGCAGUUUCAACAUCAGGGGGUGAGCAAGUCAAUGGCGGAACUACUUCUACUUCUUCGGGUGCCCCCUCCUCUUUAGCAGUUGCACAGCCUCAGAUGACGCCGAACAGCGUUUCUGGCGCGAUGGCCACAUCCAAAAAUGCCACACCUACUUUCUCCGCCAACAACGUGAUGAAUACGAAUCCCAACCGCCAGACGUCGAACAAAAUAAACCUUUCGUCCAACAUUUCCCGGCAUCUGGCUAAUCUUGUGACCCAGGCCGACCCCGAGGCGGCGGCACGGUCGAUUGAGGAAAAGUUGCAGCGACUGUUGGAGCAGCAGCAGGCAAUUGGCGGGGUGAAUCCAAAGGACGAGGACAUGACCAUAUCAGGCGUAGGCACCCAGCAGCCAGGGAUGAAACAAAUGGUCGAGCUGCAUGAAAACCUGGCUACAAGUGACCAGCACUGCCUGGACUACCUGCUGGCCGUUGCCGCGCCGGAGAACGAGUUUGACGUACGCAUUGUAAAGCACUAUCGUAGUCUAGAAGUACCUACUAGUACUAGGAGAGUAAAUAGUCGCAUGUUGACAAGAAGUUCUUGUUCUUCCGAAAGCAAAUAAAGUCCCGUUUGUCAACAUGCCGAUGUGGUCUAGAAAUGAAAUCGCGCUCCGAUAAUUGUUUGCUAGUACUACGACUACGAUAAAGAGUUUUGCACCGGAUAUGCUACGCCGGAUGCUAAUUUGCGGUAUUUGCUCAACACCGUGGGAAGAAUCGGGGAGCAGUAUCCUCAGUAAAAACGUUCCCACCUGCUCCGGACUUAUCAAGAUGGGGAAUCUGCUAGACAAAUCGACAAGUUUACAUUAAGUUUUGGUGCUGGUGCAUGACAAGUUUGGGGACGUUUCUAGUACAGUCCUGCCUGCUAAGUGGUCCGGACGCAUUACAGAUCCACUCUCUCAUCAUGAUUUGCGCACCACAAAUUACUCUCUGGGACAGGGACGUUUUUCCUCAGGAUAAGCAGCAAGCGCGAGAGUUCUUUGAAAAGACCGGCCAGUUUUCGGUGUUAUGGGUCAACGAGGAGGAAGAGAGCAGGUUGCCGUUUGACCUGGUGUUGUACGAGAACGAGAUGGAUGUGGAGGCUGGUCUCGCUGGUGGUGCAGCCAAGGACAGCACGACAAUUAUGAUAAAUGCGUCAACAACAUCUUCAUCUCCUUCGUUCUCCAAGACUUUCAUGAAAGCUUUCGUCUCGAAGUACGCCAGUUGCCACAAGAAGUACUACGCCACAAAUGGGUCAACGGCGGCGGUCACCGAAGUGCAGAGGUUAAGAAAAGAAACAUAUCAUGCAGCUUCUAAGAUUAAUAUUCAUGUCUCGAAUACUAGUGGUACAACUCGUCAGAUGAUGGUCCUCGCUUGUCAGCAUCGUUGUUAAUUAUCAUCGUUGUUUAUCAUCCUGCAUGAUCUGCCUUUUCUGCAGUACAACAAACUUGGGGAACCUUUCAAGAUUGAGCCAGCUCCUGCUUCCUUCUCCUUCACUAGUACUUGUAUUUGCAUAAUUUGUAGUGCCGCAGAAUACAGAAGCAGGAGGCGGCUUUGAUGCUGCAUCCCUCUAAGAAUUGAGAUGAUCGAAAUAACUGUCGCAUGUUUUUUAAUAUCCAGGUGAAGAUUAAGAUGAAAUGCCUGGCAGGUCUGGUAUUGAGUCUUAGAAGGUGCUGCGUUUUUUGGUUUCACACUGCGUUUUGGAAGAAUACUUCGGCAGCACGACCACAACGGGCACCACCACGGGAGCCGCGACCGCGAGGGCCGCAACGUCGAGCCGCCUCCGCUUCGUUGAGGUGAAAUCGAGCAUCAAGGCGAGCAAGCAGGCAUUUGAAAUUUCGCCGCUCGAAGUUGUGACGGCGUUCUACCUGGGGGCGAAGUACUGGUUUUGCCGAGUGGAGGACGUCGGCAACGAGACACACUCGCUGAAGAUUGUGAAAACGCCGCUCGCCGACCUGCAUCGCUGUGGGCUUGGCAGACUCUGGCUGGUGAUGUAGUAGGGGCUCUUUUGGAAUAAACAGAAAGUUGUUGUUGAAAAAUGUUAAGUCGUGUCUAGGAUCUGACAAUAGUCUUGACGGUUUUCUUGUCAGCAUCGACGCGGAAAAAUACACAGCUAUCAGCGAUUCUUUUAGAUGAUUUGGAACUCGUUCCCGUUGGUUUUUUGAUCGACCAAAUGAUCGACCAAAUGAUCGACCAAAACAUGAUCUCAGUUUCGUUCCGGCAAACGACGGCUUUUUUGGCCGAGGUUUAUUUGUUAAUGGAAGAAUGAAGACGAACACGAAGUAGAAUUAGAAUACCAAAAAAGUAGAAGCUCAAGUAGAAGUUGUAUUAUCCAUGUUCACCAUGGGCAUGGUCGUUAGUUCGCGCAUUCCGCAGGUGGUCGGUGGAGCAAGACCACAUUACACUGCCGUAAAUCUGCAGCACGCCCUGGAAUCGUCCGAGUGCGACUGCUCUCGUCGCAAACAAAGAUCGAUGAUCAUCUGCAGGCAAGUUCCGCUUCCAGUUCCAGUACGAUUAAAAAGGUACAAGACAGCCGCGGCUGUGCAAGCAAAUAAAUUUAGAUAAAGAUCAGCUUCAGCAUCACCAUCAGCCUCUUAAUUUUUUGUUGUAAAGUUGUGAUCAUUUUGAUCUUCAUGAGAUUGCUCGACCCAAAAUCAAGAAAAACACAAGACUGGCGAGGAACUUGCUGAG